AUCCAACGCUCGCUUCCAAUUCUGUCUUCAUCACUCUGCUCACAGGACAACUACUGAACAGUCUGAAGAUUUUGAACUGCACUAAACCAUGUUCUUCCUCCUCUAAAUCCUCUCUCUCUCCCACACCCACACCCACCAACCAGCAAUGACUUCUUUACAACUGCUGACGAACCCUAAACCCUCCUCUCUCUACUCCUCCACACUAACCUCUCCCAAUCCUUUCACAACCAAAAUCCAAACGCCUCCAAAAACCUUCCAAAGAUCCAAGCCCACCACCCAAUCAGUCCUACAAUACAACCGAAAGCCCCAAUUAGCGGGAGAAACCCCAAGAGUCGUGGUCAUCACCUCCGGCAAAGGCGGCGUAGGCAAGACCACCACCACCGCCAAUGUCGGCCUCUCAUUAGCCCGCCACGGAUUCUCCGUUGUCGCCAUAGACGCCGACGUCGGCCUCCGCAAUCUGGACCUUCUAUUGGGCCUCGAAAACCGCGUCAAUUACACCGUUGUUGAGGUCCUCAACGGCGAUUGCCGACUCGACCAAGCCCUAGUACGCGACAAGCGCUGGUCUAAUUUCGAAUUGCUCUGUAUAUCAAAGCCCAGAUCCAAACUCCCAAUUGGGUUCGGUGGGAAAGCCCUAGUUUGGGUUGUUGAAGCUCUAAAAGAUCGCCAAGAAGGUUGCCCCGAUUUCAUACUAAUAGAUUGUCCGGCUGGUAUUGACGCAGGGUUCAUUACGGCAAUCACGCCAGCGAAUGAGGCGGUUUUGGUCACCACACCGGACAUUACCAGCUUAAGGGAUGCUGAUAGGGUUAUUGGGUUGUUGGAAUGCGAUGGAAUUAGGGAUAUUAAGAUGAUUGUGAACAGGUCUCGGACGGAUAUGAUUAAAGGGGAAGAUAUGAUGUCUGUUCUUGAUGUUCAGGAGAUGUUGGGGCUGGCAUUGUUGGGGGUGAUUCCGGAGGAUUCAGAGGUGAUUCGGAGUACAAAUAGGGGUUACCCACUUGUGUUGAAUAGACCACCAACGUUGGCUGGGUUGGCUUUUGAGCAGGCCGCUUGGAGGUUGGUUGAGCAGGAUAGUAUGACGGCUGUGUUGGUGGAGGAGGAGCCGAAAAAACGUGGAUUUUUCUCCUUUUUCGGGGGCUAGAAACUGAAUUUGUUUAUAAUUUGACUGAUUUUGUGGAAUUAUUUGAAAAUGGAGAUCUUUUGAGACUAGUGUCUGGCUUGUGUUUUCAGUGGGAACUGCUUGGUGGCGAUGAGGUGUAGAUUUGAAACUGUAUAUAGUAGGGAUACAAGGUUUGCUGUUCUUUAUUUUGACUAUAUUUCACUGUUCUGUGUUUUAUAGUUCAGAGUCUAGUGUUACAUUAUAGCUUUAUUUUGUAGUUUGUGACCAAUUCCAGGUUUUCAGCCCAACUGUAUUCCUUUGCUUGAGUUAUAAAUUUUAUUUUUUUAUACAGUAUCAAUUGUUACUUGGUAGAACUUCUGAUGUUUGUGCCUUCUUGAUCAUUUUACAUUGGAAAAACCUUGUAAUUAGCAUUCAAUUUUGAUGAUUUAAGGUUUGAAACGAUGCGAAUUUAG